GCGCUCGCUCGUCCGCCCGAUAGGCGAACGCGUCACCGAGCGACCGUGAGUAACAUAAAAUUCGACCAAAUAACCAACGGGGUUCAGUCAGCGCCGGAUUAAGAUUUUGUAGACCCCUGGGCUACAACACUUUAUCGCAAACGCUGUAUAGUGCUCCUAGUGCCGCGUUGCUGAGAAUUUUUGACGGUGGAUCGUUGCGUUUCGAUGGUAGUAUCGCGGAUGAUUUUCGUGUGGCGAGCGAGCACGAAUUGUACGUAAGGUGAACGUAUCUUGUACGUGGUUUCCCGUGGUGUUCGAAGGGGUUGAAUGGGGUUGAAUCGUCGGGUGAAAUAACGCGAAACGAAAUUAGCGCGAACGGACCAUGGACCUGGGAGAGGUCGCGUGUUCCGCCGUCAGGUGGCAGUAGCCUGAAAACAGUGGGACAGCGUACGAGAGACAGACACCCUGCAACGGGACUCUGUGUGUUUUUCACGGAAUUAUUUUUCGGAGUUUUCUCGCAAAAGCCACGCUUCUGGACGGCGAUUUUUCGGCCGAGAGGGCCGCAUCUAUCAACCCUGUUAUUCCGGCCGGCCGCUCAUCUACUCGCAUCCAAAGACGAAUUAUGUAGUUUUUCCACUCGGCGUACAGAGUCAAUUCGUUCCUGUCUCGCUUUUAAGAGGAAAGGGAACUUGACAAAUUAUCUUGAACGCUACCAUGGUAGUAGCGCAUACUCUUCGGUUGGUAAAUGGCUUGCAAUUUCAUGUAACGAAUGAAAUUGCAGGAGCCCAAUGUGGGUGGAAGUGAGAUGGCAUCCAGGGAAAAGAAACCCUUAGCGCCUUCCAAAGCAAAACAGAAGGCGACGAAUGAAUCUGGCUUGCCAUCAAAUGAAAUCAAAAGUAGAAAGGGCAAGUCUUUGACGAAUCUUAAACAACAGCAACUAGCACGUGAUAUUUUGGAGGCGGUGGCAACCGGCAGUCAGCUUCCUCCGAAAUUAGAGGCAAGCCUGCCACGCAAGAAAGUUCUCAGAAACCUCAAGCGCAAACAAAAGUUGAGAGUAGCGAAGGCUAAUCUUAUUAAAGCAAAGGUUACGAGGAAAGUAGCCAACAGAAAUUUGUGCAGAAUAACGUCUGACAUCAAGAAGGGCGUCAAAACGAAAAAAGUGAAGUUAUUAGAGGAAAACACGGCCGAUAAUAACGCGAGAAUUGUAGAGCAACGAGUAAACGAUACGGAUAGCGAAAAUACAGGGACGGAAAUAUAUAACAGAAGUGCCAAGAACAAUCUCAGGACCAAAAAAACCAAGCUUGUAACAAAAAGUAGCGGGGAAGUAGAAAACGAAGACAAAGACACGGACUCUAUCGCUGGAUCCAGUACCAAGAGCAGUCCAAAAUUGAACAGAAAAGGGAAAAAUUCCGAGAGUCUGGACUCUUUGUCUAAAAGCGUUAAAUCGACCAAGAUAUCGGGAUUUAAAAGGAACAAUAUCAAGGAGAAGGAUAGCUUCACCAAAAAUACGGAAGGGGAUAUCAAGUGUGUGAAAGGUAAAAAGAGUAAUAGCAAAGAUAUAGAUUACGCUAGCGCAAAGGCAUCCACGAUUGACACAAAAUUUUCGAAAUCGCUUCUGGAUGCAAAGAGUUCUAUAGAUCUUACCAUAGACGAAGUUAUAGCUUCGAUGUUGAGCGAUUCGGAAAUAGAUAGCCAACAAGGAAUAACGGAAAAAACCGAAGGAAAAAUCAGGAGAAGUAGAAAAAUGCUGGUAGAAGAAAACAUAAUUUUGGAUGAAAUUAAAAAAGAACCAGACACUGACGACGCCAAAAUUAUAUCCGAUGGUGAGAGCUUCGAAACCGAAUCCUUCCAAAGCAUCAUACAGUUGAGGAAGAGAUCCAGUACGUCGGUUGGUCAAAGAAGUUUACGAAAUGGAAAGUUGCGGCAGUCGGAUUCUGUUAUUUCCACAGACUUGGAUCCUAAGAAACGUCGAAGGUUAAACUCGGAUGACCCUGUUAGUUCAGAAAUUUCAGGAGAUAACAACGCGGAUAGUAGUAUAGACACGGAAUCUUGUUUUUCCGAAUCUAGCGGUAACGAUCCUCAAAUAGUUAUGGUAACAGCCAAAGAUGAGGCUUGCUUGAAGAAGGAUAUUCUGAAAAAUUGCGAGGAUAGUUCUCAAAAUGGUUCUGAAACAGAAAACAAUAAUAACAGUGAUCGAGUAGAUAGGGCUAGCGAAGUAGGACCCACUCUACGCUCAAAAACUAAAGCCAAAAGUACAGAAAUCGAAAUAAAAACUGACAAUAUCAAAGUUGAUUAUACAAGAAUAGCACCUAAGAAUACAGAGUUACAGGAAGAGAUAAAGAAAGUAAGCAAUUUAGAUCAAGUUAGAAAAGAUAAUAUUUUAGCAAAAUUUGCAGACAAGUCCAAGAGUCGUAGGAGUAGCUUAAACAUAGAUAUGAAGAAGACGGUAAGUCCGUUUUAUAGUACAGACAAAUCGGAUGGCAGUCCAAAAUCUCAAAUAGAUCAAAUGAUAGAAAAUAUCAAACUCACGAUCGCCAAGUCCAUCGAAAGUAAAAUGUUUGCUACAGAGAAGGGACUCGGAUUAAGUAAAAACUUUGAAGUACCAAAAAUCGAAGAAAUAAUAGCACCCUUAAGCGCAGAGUCCCAGAAAUUGGGUUUGGAAGAAAAUCCAGACGAGGACAAGUCUACUAUUUCCAAAAAUGAGAUCAAAUCGGACAAUUCAGAAGAUUCGGUACCAAAAGUGGCCGACACUGCCAAAGAAAUUGAGAAACUAGUCAUGGGCGAUAUCGAACCAGCGGAAACUCAUUCUCAAAAUAUUCAAGAAAGCGAAUCUCUCGAUGCCGAUGGAAGUGAUAUUGUACAUAACGCUUCCGAAUCUGUUCACGUGGAGAAUAGCGAAAACAAUUGUCGCAAAUCUGUGGAACAGCAGGAAGAACCAAGCGAAUCUUCUACCUCGACAGAGGUGUCCGAGAAAUAUUCAGAUCAAGUAACCGAUGAUCAAAUUAAAAUAACAGACGACAGUAAAAAAGGAGUGGCUGUUAGAAAAUCCCCAAGAAUAAUUGACAAAAAUUCUCCGGAAAAUGUAAACAGCGAGACUGCGAAAAAAGUGAAUAGGGUAUCGAAUAAAACAGUUCAGAAGUCUGACAAUUGUGAAGAAUCUCCUCAAGAUGUUGCAAAUAACUCUUUAUGUUUGCAAGAAGAUGCAAAUAACUCUUUAUCUCUGCAAGAAGAUGCAAAUAAAUCUGUACCUCUGCAAGAAGAUACAAAUAAAUCUGCUUUUAAUGAUACAGUUUCGAAUGUCGAACCCCUUAGAAAUGAAUCGACCAAGAUUGCACCGGGACCUUUGAUCGACGAUGCAGAAACUGGAUCCCAGCAGAUUAACGAAAGGCUCGUCAAAGAAGAAGUAAAGACAAAUGAAGCUACCGAAAGCGAAACCGUGGUUCCUUUAAAUAGUUUUGCAGAUUCUGAAGAAGCAGAAACGUUAGAAAGUAUUUCAAAAGAAGUAGAGAGAUUAGUAGCGGAAAGUCAAUUGUGUAAUCAGUUACAAAAUGUUGCAAAAGGUGUGCAAGACGAGCGAGAAUCGAGUAUUACGAAUGUAACAGAAUUCUCACUGUCUCUGAGCGAAUCAACCGCAAUACCAGACGACGGCAACGUACAAGAAGCAACGGUCGACGAAGUAAACGUUGAGCAGGACACAAGUAAUAUGGAAGACAUACCUCGGACAUUAGAAAAGCCCAAAGAAAACGAACAUGGUACUCUGCAAUCUGUGCUACAUACAAAACAAGAUAGCAGUAACUGUUACGCAUCGGUUACCUCUAACUCGAACACAGAUUCUAACGCUAGUGAUACCUGUAAUUCCAUCGAAGACAACCCAAAAGAUACCGAAGAUACCAACAAAGAUAAUACAUGCAAAGAGAAUAGAACCUGUAACGUUGCUAUAGGUGUUAAAAGUUUCGAGUCCGAUGAGCAGAAAGUAGUUUCGAAGAAAGAUUCGGAACACGGUCAGUCCACGGCGACGGAGGAGGCUGAAAAAGAAAGCGACAAAUUACCAACCGACGUUGCAACGAUGGAAGACCAAAAGUCUGCGGCCGAGGACAAGAAGAGGGUGCUGAGGGCUCGAGAGAAAUCGAGAAAAUCAGAGAAACGACAAACGUCUUCUAGCAGGGAACGAAGCGACGGUACGACGAAUGUUAAAACCGAGGAAGAAGUUGAAAAGGUGCAGAAUAUCGCGAGAGAUGUGCAAGAACUACAGGAGGAAAAGGCUGACGCUGUAGUGAAAACAGAGGACACGGAUGACGCUCAAAACGAAUUGGAAUCGAAUGGGUCCGAGCCUCAGGUUCGGCCGAGACGCAGCAGGGAGACGAAGAAGCGCAAGGAGGAUCAGCUGACUGCGUUGAAGAACAGACGAUCGAAGGUUCGGAGAUCCGACCAGCAAAACAAGGAAGAGACCCUGCUGGACGACGAGGUAGCCACGAUAAACGAAAACAAUCGAUCGUUCCUGAGUAAGUAUGAAAACGGGUCGGAAUGUACGACGAAUUUCCGUGGUUUUUCCGAGGGUGGCAGAGGCAGCCUCGAUAAACAUCAGGAAGCAGCGGACAACGCUCGAAGCAAGUCGGAGAACGACUUGGUCAUCGGAAGGAAACCUGGAAAACCUAACUGCGAGAACAGGCUAUCCGUGAACCUCUCGACGAAUCACAUGGCCAAGCAAACGGAGAAUAUCAACAUACUGGAAGCGGAAUGUAAACCUGUAAAGACACCGGAGACGUCGCAAAAGGACUCCGACGAAACGUCCAUGUCAGGCGAGUCGUCCAGCAGCGUGAACAUCACCCCAAAGAUCUUGGAAACACCAGAGGACAAGGUUAAGAAAGAGUCCAUCUUGAGAUUGCUAGGAUUGGAGUCGUUGGAGAAGGCUGCCGAGCGACUGAGCCAUCAGAAAGCGAAGAAGGAACAGUACACGGGCACUCUGAAGACCGUGAUCAGGGUACAGAAGGAUAAGGAUAAGGACAAGAGGCGGUCGAGGUCCCCUUUGAAGAUGGUGCUGAAGCAAGGCCGCGGAGACGGGGAGGGCGAUUCACCCGAGUUUUACACCAUUCAAAAGGAGUUUGGAACCAGUGGUUUGGGAGAUAGCAGCUCUGGUGCGAACCGAAAGUUCUCUACUAACCACAGACACUCUUGCGACGAGGAUAACGAAGAUGCCGUGCCAAAGGAUCGCCAGUCGCUCGUUAUUCCAGAAAAGUCCUCCUCGUUCUCCAUUCAUCCAGGACGUUUGUGCGCCGACGUCUGUUGCUACUGUUUCGGGAAGUUUGGCUCUCUGGACACGCCCAUGCAUCUGGCACAGAUGAAGUCCGAUGAAAGACGCAAAAAGAUCUUGAAUAUCGAAAGACACCUUACCAAGGACUCGUGUUUAUGUGAUGCUUGCUAUCGUCAUGUGGACAGAAAGGCAAAUACAAGUCCAACAAACAUGCAAACGAAACCUCAGAAGCAACACCGGCAACUAAUGGUGUCGAAAUGCUCGGCUCGCGAAUGUAGGGACGCUGCGCGACAUCACGUUAAGCGACGAUGGUUGCUCAAGAUAAAAGCUGGCCUGCAAAAACAGGUGGACAUCGAUUGGGAGUCGAGUCAACACACGUCGAUGUCGUUUUGUGUCAGUCAUUACUCAAAGAUAGAACGAUUCUUGACCUGCGCGCUCUGCAAACGUCGUCUGGCGAGGAACUAUACUCAUCAGCUGGCGAACGCGGAAACCGACGACUUGAACCACUUACUCGGCCAGCAAGGGAUUCCCGUUGCUCUGGCUGCCGGUACCUUCGUCUGCAAGCUGUGUCGUUACUUCACCCAGCUGCAAUUGAAAUACAAGGAUGUCGAGAACAUGAACACGAGUCACAGGUCCUUCUUCAAGAAUUAUCGGAAAAGAAUCUUACACUAUCACGACAUCGAAGUUCUGGACAACGAUGAUGGCGACACCCCGCAGAUUCAGUCCAAGGACAAGGAUAAGCGGAAAAAGAGUAGCAAGUGUCCCCCUCAGCCGAAAGCGGUAACCGUAUCCAAGUCUCCGGAUGGUACGACGACUGCCUCGGAGAAGUCGACGCCAGAACCAAGUAAAAACGAGGGUACCAAUGGCGAUACAGAGACCGAGAACCGAGCUACGAAGGGAAACUCGAACUCCAACUCGACGGACGAGACCGUCCCCACGGACGUGCAGUUCCUCGGUAUCGAGAGCACGGUGGAGAAGCUAAAGAAACGGAAGAUGCUGGAGAUGCACCCGUACACUGGUUCGGAUACGACGAUAACCUGCGAGGGCCCCAGCGAAGUCGUCGAAAUUCUUGCGAUGGACAAGGAGGUGACCCUGACCAGACUGCCAAAGAGACCAAGGACCAACAACGACAUAACGCCCGUGGUCCAACGACUCGGCGCCAAUCCCUCGAUAAGCGUGCGCACUUUGUUCCCCGGCGAGGAGGAGAUGAAUCUCCACGCCAGCAUCGAGUUCACGAACGUGCGAGAGAUCACGCCACAGGGCUGGGAGAAGUGUGCCACGAUGAUACAGUACGACAGGGACACGAAGCAUCUCUGGCAAGAGCUGCAGAGACCCUACGGUAACCAGAGCUCUUUUCUCAGACACCUGAUACUUUUAGAGAAAUAUUACAGGUCCGGGGACUUGAUACUCGCGCCAAACGCAUCGCGAAACGCGAUCAACUACUCUACAUCCGUACAGAACAGACUGAUAUCCUACGAAGGCCCUGAAAAGAUGGACGAGCCAAUCAUGGAGCCUAUAGCCUCCGAAUACAACAACUCUCGCCGACUCAGCGGCGGCUACGUGCUCGAGAGGGACAGACUGUCCCUUCCUGGCACGAGCGCGAGCACGACAAAGGCCCUGCCCACUUCUGGCGCGCAACAGUCAUCAAAAGGCAGCCCGUCGCGCGUCCUCAAGCUCAAUCCUGGUGUAUCCAUAAUCAAGAAACCACCUCCCAACCUGCAACGAUUGAACCUACCGUCCACCAGUACCGCUACCGCGAACGGCAACGUGAAAAGAAAGGAGGGCCAGAGAAUCCCCGUGACAUCGGGUGGAAAGGUGUUUCAGCUCAGCGAGCCAGACUUCAAGCGUCUGCAAACUCUGAAGAAGCAGAAGCAACAACUUUCGGAGAAACAGUCGAGCAUGAGUCCCGUCGGUUCGGGAGGCUCGAACUCUUCGCCGCCCAAUUCCAAGUCCACCACGCAGUACCAGAAGGCGCAGCAACUAGCUGCUCACACACAGUUCCAAAAACAUCUGAGGAUGCAGCAGGAGAUGCUGAACAGACAAACCAGAGGCGAUUUCGAGCCCCUAAUUUGCGACGUGCGCACGUUGACCAACGAAAACACUCCCACGCAGAAUCUGCUGCACAACUUGAAUCUGCCCAAGUCGAUACAGGUGACUACCAAGGCGGCUGGCCAGAUACCGAUACUGCCGAAAAUCCCCAAAUCGUUGACGGUGAUACCCCAGACGGUCACCAGACCUACCGACAAAUGAAACGGACCGAGAGAAACGGAGGGAUAGUAAGUAGUUAGACGUUACGAUUCUUUUAGACGAGAGAAGAGUACAUGGGGGUGGCGUGUUCACGGAAAGGUUCGGCUGAUCGAGCAAAACGAGGCACAAUUUUUUGCUGCUCGCUAAUGCCGGCUCGAGGGGAUCGCCAAACGGAGUAAACGUGACAAUAUCUGCCUUAUUCGGUGCGCACGUUGAUCACGAGCUAGCGCUCAAAACGGUACGACGCGCGCGUGCGCUCUGUGUCGAAUUAUCGAUCGUGAUCAAAUCUGUGCGUGCGCACGAUACAUAGAUAGAAAUAUAUAAGUAACUAAACGGAAACGGCUAGAGAUACUUGGAUACUAACGAUUAUACACUAACCAACCAAAGCAUCAACGUGUGAGAAUUAGAAAACGACGUGAAAACACAUGGAAGAUACCUGUUUCCGAUGGAAAAGUGCCUAAAAGUGAGACCCGCGAACAAAGUCGUUAGUUUUUUAAUGACAGAGAGUAUAGCAUCGAACGGACUCGGGACAGUAUAUAUGUAUGCAUAGGUGAAUAUAUUAACAAAAUGAAAAUACACAAAACAUAUAACCGUCUCAACGUGAAAGAAGAGACGAAGCGGGGAAUCCUGUGCGAAAGUUUGGAGUUAUCGAGAGCACCGAGUCUCCAGGCCCUUUUGUUCCUCGUUCGAUACGAGUUCUUGUGACGAUCGCUCGAGAAAGGGUCGAACGAAUAUUAUAUAUAUAUAUAUAUAUAAUUCCCACGAGUGACAAAGUUAAUUUGCCUUGCUCUUUAUCGGUACUCUGUUCAUUGCUAGACAUAUCGUUGUUCUACGUUCUUCGAGAGAUACAGAAAAUGGGACAAUCGCGCAUGGCCGCUCGAAGAACGAUCAAGUAAUCGGUAGUUCGUUCCUUGUUCGCGUCCAACGGGGAAAGAGUCGAGCAUACCCGCGACACCUGACGUCAAUAUAUUCUAUUGCAAGGCGCACCGUCUGGCUUUUUCGACCGACCGAAAUGUUCCCGUUGUUAUUCAUCGGUAUACAGUACAAUCCAUUGUAGACAAGAUACGUUGUUUAUCAAACGAACGGAUGCUUAGAGCAACGUUGCAUAUUUGUUACUAUUCCAUUCCGAGAUGAUUACGCGUUGACAGUACCAAGAGAGAAAUAGAAGGAUAAGCAACGCCACUGAUGAAUCGCGUUGCAACGACGCUGGCUCAAUCAAUUGUAGCGUCUGUGCACGUUGGCGAUAGUAUUUUUACGAUGACACGCUCACUGAUAAGCGGACGUUUUCAUAUGUCUUUCGGGUGCAGUCAUCUCGGAACAGAAUGGUUAGGUAAAUGAUUAGGCAAAUCUUCCAGGAUGCAUGAAACAUUAACAACUGACCCGUCUUACGGAACCUCGUGUAACGUUGUUUCGCACAAAAUAUAGGAAACAAAAAUAAUGCUAUUCGUAAUUUUAUUUAUUUGAGUUGGUAAUAGUAACACGCAACGUUGUUCUAGCCGACUGUUACAACUGUUACUACGAUAAAUAACAAAUUUUGUUUGAAUUUCGAGGUCAUCGACGUGUAACGCAAUGUUGUGACCUAUACAUUUUACUAACUGAUGAACUUUAUUUAUAUUUAGAAAUGAUUUAUUUACUGCAUUUGAAAAUGCAAGCAAGUUAACUCAUUGGGCCGGCAUGCGUAAGAAUAACGAUCGAUUCUAUAGACCGAUACCAUAUACCCUAGGUAUUUAAUUUAGUUUCGUAAAGAGAAGGUGGCAUUUAAUACCAUUCAUUACUCCUAUCACACGCUUGUGUAAAUUAAAAGUUAAUUUCUUAAAAAUUACUAGAGAACAGUGUUUCGUACUGUAAAAUGUAUAAAAAUUAAGUUGACUAGAAAUCGAAAUAGAAAACAAUGAAUUAAAUCGUGUAAUCAGGCUCGCUAUUCCAGCCCAGGGGGUUAACGACGAUGAUUUUUAACAUCGUCUGACCUAAAAUGAACAUCGUUUACAAACAAAUGUAGAUUUGUCUAAAAUGAAGUUUUUUGUUAACGCAUCGCACACGGUCGAUUAUAUUUUUUUCUUACAAGGAAUAUUAGCGACGCGUGCCCUUCCCCCGCACUCCGUAUUGUGAUGAAACUCCAGUUAAAGGGGGAAUUCCCGUUUUCCGGGUCUAAUUUUUCGAACGUUUUUGGGAAUUUUUGUAAGAUAAACCAUAAAACAUACAAGGUUA